AUGCCUCACUCGAAAAUGGGACGGAUAAGGUAUCUGGUGUUAAGUGUGUGUCUGCUACAAGCCGCGCUGGCGGUCAAAGUCAAGGUGGUGAUGCACUCCGACCAGGAGGACUCCAAGAUGGAGGAGGAAGAGAGUACGCACACUGAGCCGUGGGAUCACAAGAAGAGGCUCGAUGUCACCAUGCUCCCCUUCCUCAAGACGCGCAAGCAUGGCGACGACAAACAGAUUGAGUUCGACGAAGAAAAGACUACCACUGAAAAACAAAAACAACAACACCCAAACGAAAUGAUUUUUCCGUUAAUUUACCACCAGAGCCACGUCAACAGUAUGUUUAAAUUCGGUGAGAAUUGGUAUACUUGGUCUACUGAGAAAAGAACUGAUGGUUCAAAAGCAAUAAAUUACUACAUAUGCUACGAUGAACCCAAGCGUUGUGACGACAUAGGCUGGGAACGAACGGACGCGCUGCCGAAAUGCGCGUUCCAAAUAGAUUCUCUACUACCGGAGGAUCGAGCCUGCAUCAACAGCUUCGGCGUGGAACCCCAUUCAGGAGGCAUUUGUGACGGUGCUGAACAGAUGAAAGUUGCUGAAAUAGUACGUGCGUGUGGUCCCCGCAUUCGUUCCCUGUGGCGUUUCGUUCGCGUCGGACGCCGGCCGGCUAACGCGGCUAAACCGGCUGACGUCAAUUCACUAAUUUGUGAAGACGAGGAAGAAUGCUUUAUAACAAUCGAAUACAGGAUACAUCAUGAUCGAAUAACAUUUUCUCUACAUGAGCCUACACGAGGGCAGACUUUUAAGAGCGUAUUAAAACGCGAGACGCCUGUCGAGGAAGAAAAGGUUUCAUCAACGACGGAAGUACAUCCUCACGUCUUGCAUCGGAAAAAGGUAACGAGGGAAGAGGAACCACCCAGGAACGGUAAUAAGAAGUUCCACUUGAAAAGUAAAAGCAAAGCAGAGGGCAAGGGGAUUGUGAAGGAAAGGAAUGACUCCGGUACCUACGGAAACCGAAGAGCACCUAAGAACAAAAUAAAGGUAAGAGAAGACCUCUCUGAAGAUAUUUCUGAUUAG